AUGGCACCGCUCGAAGAAAUGCAGAUUGCCCAGCUCAACCGCUCCAUCCGGACGAUCAAAGCGAUCCCCGCCCAGACUGCUCUGCAUGCGCCCUUGUCCGUCGGUGCCGUCCCUGGCGCCGUUCCUACCAACAAUGCCGUCCCCACAGCGCCCAUGGCCAACCUGAACAUCAACAGAGACGACGAGAAGAAGCAAGGAAACAACUUCUACCAGCCCUCACCAGCAGCUACUCCUGCUCCCCCACCAGCAUAUGCUGCUCCUCCGCCAUCUAUGCCCCCGCUUGCUCAAGCCACUGCUCUGUACGCUUACAAUGGCACCGAUCCUGGCGAUCUUGAACUCCAGCCCAACGACCACAUCAACGUCACCGAGUACAUGAACGCCGAGUGGUGGAAGGGUCGUUCGUCGCGCACUGGCCAGGAAGGUAUCUUCCCUCGCUCGUACGUUCGUGUCAUUGAGAACACUCUACCGCAAUCAGCACCUACAAACUACGGCAACAUGCCUCUUGAAGUCAGUGGCCAGGGUGACGGUAGUGNNGCAAGGUUCCCGGCAAGGGUGAGGAAAUGGCUCGGAAACGCAGCCAUCUUUGGUGCCGGUGCCACCAUUGGUGGUAACAUUGUCAACUCCAUCUUCUAA